GUCACGCUGGCCCGGAAAAACACACGGCACUCUUCAAAGAAUCUUCUUUUGAAACAUUUAUUGAAAGUCGCGUUUUCGGUCAAUAUCACGGAUAUAAUAAAAAUAUAAAUCAAUCUCACCAUGAAACGAAUGUGCUGUGCUAGUGCUGUGAUUACACUCCUGCCCCUCGUGCUACUUCCCCCGCCCUCUGCCGCUCAGUUCAAUCAACGAUUCGAUCCGCAAUUCAAUCAGCGAUUCAAUCCGCAAUUCAAUCAGAGAUUCAAUCCGCAAUUUAAUCAGCGCCGGCAAGUUCCUCAAAGCUGUCGCACACCGGAUAAUUUUUUUGGGAGUUGUGUGCCCCUGAGCUCCUGUACCCAGGCGGUAGAGAUCUUUAAAACCACCAGCUAUGAUCGGGCCACGCAGUAUGUGAUCGGCCUGAAAAACAGUUGUAACAUCCCCAGCACUAACGGAAAUCCGGUGAUCUGCUGCAAGUAUCUCCAGUCGGUCACAGAACGACCUCGUGAAUUCAUCACCACGGAACGGCCGUUUAUUGGUCCUCAGUUCCCGCCGCAGGACCCCGAAAAUCCCUUCGUGAUCCCCACCAGGAGGAGUACGACCACGACAUCCACUACUCCAAGGACCACGACUACAACUUCUACCACAACGACUAGAACUAUAGCUCCCAUUCCAGUAACCUCAUUCAAGCCCUUAAUCGAUCAACGGGGUCCUUGGUGCCGAGGACCAAACACCAAAACUGGAUAUUGUAUAGAACUCGGUCAGUGUGAUUCCCUGCUUAGUCAACUGCUGGAUAAACCUAAGGACCAGAAUUUCAAGGGUUUUUUGCAUGCCUCCAGAAGGGUUUGUAAAAACCAGGGUUACCAGGUGUGCUGUCCCAAUGAAGAGAGGAUCACCACACCGUCUUCCAAUAUUCGUCCCACUUCGGCUUCCUUGAUUCCCAGGAAUUCGGACGAAGUGCCUCGACGGCUGCUCAACAUGGAGGAUGGAUGUGGCUAUACGAGUGUACCGAAAAAUAAGAUCGUGGGCGGUGUGGUAAGCCACAUUGGGGCGUGGCCCUGGAUCGCACUGCUAGGAUACAAGGAUCCCAGAUUUCCGUUCCAGUGCGGAGGAAGCCUAAUCACCGCCAGACACGUGCUCACGGCGGCCCAUUGCAUCACUUUGAAUUUGACAUUUGUGCGCUUGGGAGAACAUGAUGUGACCACAGAUAAGGAGACUCGCCAUGUGGAUCUUAGAAUUGCAAGAUUCGUAAUCCAUCCAAACUACAAUCCCCGAAAUGGACGGAGUGACUUGGCCAUCCUGUAUCUCGCGCGAAAUGUGGAGUUUACCACCAAGAUCACGCCCAUCUGUCUGCCACACACGCCCGAUCUGCGCCAGAAAUCCUAUUUGCGAUACAAUCCCUUCGUCGCCGGAUGGGGACAUACGAUGGAGAAUGGCACGUCAGCCACCGUGCUAAACGAGCUCCAAGUUCCCAUCAUAGAGAAUGUGAUAUGCGCCCAGAGUUUCGUGAAUCAUCGUGGAUUCCUACGAACCGCCGAUCAGUUCGAUAAAGCCGUCAUCUGCGCCGGAGAUCUGUCCGGAGGCAAGGAUUCGUGUCAGGGCGACUCCGGUGGUCCACUGAUGAUGCCGGAACUCUAUGAGGACACCUUUCGGUACCAUCUGAUCGGCGUGGUGUCCUACGGCAUCGAAGGUUGUGCCCGACCAGAGACCCCCGGCGUUUACACCAGCACUCAAUACUUCAUGGACUGGAUUAUCCAACAGGUUCAGAACACGCCAUGAUUUGCCAUCGCCUGCAUGAGGCAACUAAGUCAUUAG